AAGGUUGUCAUUGUGAAACCACACGACGAGGGUUCCAAGGCUCACCAAUUCCCACACGCCAUUGUUGCCGGUGUUGAGAGAUACCCAAGCAAGGUUGGUAAGUCUGCCGGUGCUAAGAAGGCUGCUAAGAGAUCCAAGGUCAAGCCAUUCAUCAAGGUUGUCAACUACAACCACUUGUUGCCAACCCGUUACACCUUGGAUGUCGAGUCCUUCAAGAGCGAGUUGUCCACCGAGACUUUCUCCGAGCCAACCCUCAGAGAGAACGCUAAGAAGGCCAUCAAGAAAGAUUUCGAACAAAAGUACCAAUCUGGUAAGAGCAAAUGGUUCUUCACUAAGUUGAACUUCUAA